AUGGGCUCCAUCGACCACACUGGCCUGCCCGAGGCACUCAUCCUCGGCGCUGUCCACCACGCCACUGAUGUGCUGGACCGUCUGCAGCGGGCGUACACUGUCCAUGUCCUUGCGUCCGGCGUCACGCGCGCGUCCUUCUUCGCCGACUGUGCCGCCGGCCGCUACGACAACGUCGUCGCCAUCGGCCGCUCUGUCGACUCGGUUACCUUGACCGGCCGCUUCGACCCCGAACUGGUCCACCGGCUCCCGCCGUCGGUCCGGUUUGUAUGCCACAACGGCGCCGGCUACGACCAGGUCGACGUGGCCGCCUGCCGCGCCCGCGGCAUCGCCGUGUCGAACACGCCAGACGUCGUCAAUGCGGCCACGGCCGACACCACGCUCUUGCUCAUCCUAGCCGCACUGCGGCGGGCCCGCAUUCCCCAGGCGGCCAUUCUGGAGGGCCAAUGGGCGCAGCCUGGCGUCCGUCUUCCGCUGGGACGCGACCCGGUCGGGCUGACGCUCGGCAUUGUUGGACUGGGCGGCAUUGGCGUGGCCGUCGCCCACCGCGCUGCGGCGUUUGGCAUGCAGGUGCAGUACCACAACCGGCGGCGGGCCGCAGAUGCGUUCCUCAGCAACAAAGGUGUCCGUGUGACCUACGUGCCCACGCUCGCCCAGCUGCUCCGCACCAGCGACGUCGUCUCGGUGCACGUCCCGCUCUCGGACGCGACGCACCACUUGAUUGGCGCCGCCGAGUUUGCGCAGAUGAAGGCCGGCGUCGUCUUUGUCAAUACAGCGCGCGGGCCGGUAGUGGACGAGGCGGCGCUGGUCGAUGCUCUGGAGAGCGGGCACGUCUGGAGUGCCGGUCUGGACGUGUUUGAGAACGAGCCGCACGUGCAUCCGGGUCUCCUCCGAAACGAAAACACUGUCCUUUUGCCACACAUUGGCACAGCCACCAAGGAGACUCGCCAGGCUAUGGAGGCCCUCAUGCUGGAGAAUGUCGAAAGCGGACUGGCAAGGGGGCAGCUCAAGACGCCAGUACCGGAAUGCAGAGAGAUGGAGAGCAACUGA